AUGGGUGCUGCCAGAACCAGCAAGCGCAAGUUCCCGAGUAACACGCCCGAGAACGUGUACGCCAACACCAAGCAGCCCUUCAACUAUACCGACGGCUUCCACUACCUCCUGCGCUACGUCCGCGAAAGGAUGGACAAGGAGGAGAUGAUGCGCGUGUGCCGAGCCAUGGCCAUGUUCCGACCUUCGUUUAUUGCCCUGAUCAUGAAUCUGACGCCAGAGGACCUCAUCUUCAUGGAGACCUGUUUCCAGCGCACAGUCCUUGAAUUUGAGAAGUUGAUCAGUUUUUCGGGCACACCUACGGUGGUGUGGCGCCGUACGGGCGAGAUUGCGCUUGUGGGCAAGGAGUUUUCAUUGCUGACGCAGUGGUCGCGGGACCAGCUUGUAAACAAGAAGACAUAUAUCUAUGAGUUGAUGGAUAACCAGUCGGCGGUCGAGUACUGGGAAAAGUUCUCGACGCAUGCGUUCGAGAACACGGAGCAGACGGUGAUGACGACCUGUAUCCUAUUGAGUCCGACGAACCGGGUAGUGCCGUGCACGUUCUGUUUUACGAUCAAGAGAGAUAUCUUUGAUAUUCCAUUGGCGAUCGUCGGCAACUUUUUGCCGAUCCUUUCAUGA